CAAAGAUGGCGGCGGUGAGUUAGAAAGCGGCGGGCGGCGGGGCCGGUGGCGGAGACUUUCCGGAGCGGCCGCGGCGGGAUCGAGCGCCAGAGAGAAGAUGGUGGAGCCAGGACAAGAUCUGUUGCUUGCUGCUUUGAGUGAGAGUGGAAUCAGUCCAAAUGAUCUAUUUGAUAUUGAUUCUCCAGACGUGGUUCUUGCAACUCCAGCACCAGCUCCAGCUGUUCAGCAGUCAGUGCCACUUAGUGCAUUAGAACUAGGCUUGGAAACUGAGGCCACAGCUGGCGUGAAACAAGAACCAGAGACUGUGUCAACUCCAGCCUUAUUAAAUGUUCGGCAACCACCAUCUACCACAACCUUUGUGCUGAAUCAAAUAAAUCAGCUUCCAACUUUGGGGACUACUAUAGUGAUGACAAAAACCACACCUGUUACAACUACAAGGCAGACUAUCACUGUAGCAAAAAUCAUCCAGACCAGCACAACAACUCGACCCUCUGUUGCAGCACCAGCAGUACGCAAUGCCUUGACCACUGCACCUUCCAAGGACCAGAUUCAGCUAAAAGAUCUGCUAAAGAACAAUAGUCUUAAUGAACUAAUGAAAUUGAAGCCACCUCCUAAUAUUGCCCAGCCAGUAGCAACAGCAGCAACUGAUCUAAGCAAUGGUGCAGUAAAGAAAGAGGCUUCCACAAAAGAGGUUGCAAGAAUAUGGAUAAAUGACAUUAAAAUGAGAAGUUUCUCACCUACUAUGAAAGUGCCAGCAGUAAAAGAGGAAGAGGAACCUGAGGAAGAAGAUGAAGAAGAAAUGGGCCAUGCAGAAACUUAUGCUGAGUAUAUGCCAAUAAAAUUAAAAAUCGGUCUUCGUCAUCCUGAUCCAGUAGUGGAAACCAGCUCAUUAUCCAGCGUAACUCCUCCUGAUGUGUGGUACCAGACAUCAAUAUCAGAAGAAACAAUUGAUAGUGGCUGGCUAUCAGCUUUGCAACUUGAAGCAAUCACUUAUGCAGCUCAGCAACAUGAAACAUUCCUGCCUAAUGGAGACAGAGCUGGAUUCUUGAUAGGUGAUGGCGCUGGUGUAGGAAAAGGACGGACCAUAGCUGGAAUAAUCUAUGAAAAUUACUUGUUAGGCAGAAAAAGAGCAGUCUGGUUUAGCGUGUCAAACGAUCUGAAAUAUGAUGCUGAAAGAGACUUGAGAGAUAUUGGAGCAAAAAACAUUUUGGUUCAUUCACUAAACAAGUUCAAAUAUGGAAAGAUUUCUUCAAAGCAUAACGGGAGUGUGAAGAAGGGUGUCAUUUUUGCCACCUAUUCUUCUCUUAUUGGUGAAAGUCAAUCUGGUGGUAAAUACAAAACCAGAUUAAAGCAACUUCUUCAUUGGUGUGGUGAAGACUUUGAUGGAGUUAUUGUAUUUGAUGAGUGUCAUAAAGCUAAGAAUUUGUGUCCUGUUGGAUCAUCAAAACCAACAAAAACAGGUCUGGCUGUGCUGGAACUUCAGAAUAAGCUUCCCAAAGCUAGAGUUGUUUAUGCCAGUGCCACAGGUGCAUCUGAGCCAAGAAAUAUGGCAUAUAUGAACCGUCUUGGAAUAUGGGGUGAAGGAACUCCAUUUAGGGAAUUCAGCGACUUUAUUCAGGCUGUUGAAAGAAGGGGUGUUGGUGCCAUGGAAAUAGUUGCUAUGGAUAUGAAACUGCGAGGGAUGUACAUAGCAAGACAACUGAGUUUUUCAGGUGUAACUUUCAAAAUUGAUGAAGUUCUGCUUUCACAGGACUAUGUUAAAAUGUACAAUAAAUCUGUGAAGCUGUGGGUUAGUGCCAGAGAGAGGUUUCAACAAGCAGCUGAUCUUAUUGAUGCAGAACAACGAAUGAAGAAAUCCAUGUGGGGUCAGUUUUGGUCAGCUCAUCAGAGGUUUUUCAAAUACCUUUGCAUAGCAUCUAAAGUAAAGAGGGUAGUACAGCUAGCCCGCGAAGAAAUCAAGAAUGGAAAAUGUGUGGUUAUUGGGCUACAGUCGACAGGAGAAGCAAGGACAUUAGAAGCUUUGGAAGAAGGUGGUGGUGAACUGAAUGACUUUGUUUCUACUGCAAAGGGAGUAUUCCAGUCUCUUAUUGAAAAGCACUUUCCAGCUCCUGACAGAAAGAAGCUGUUUAGCUUGUUGGGAAUUGACUUGACUGCUCAAAGUAAUAACAAUUCACCUAGAGACAGUCCCUGCAAGGAAAACAAAGUAAAGAAACGGAAAGGUGAAGAAAUAACGAGAGAAGCCAAAAAAGCUCGUAAAACAGGUGGCCUUGCAGGGAGCAGCUCUGAUGAGAGUGAAAGUGAGUCGGAUGCUUCAGACAAUGAAGAAAGUGAUAAUGAGAGCUCCAAAUUCUUGAGUUCUGGAGAUGAUGACGACUUCAACCCAUUUAGAGAUGAAUCCAGUGAAGAUGAUGAAGAUGAUCCCUGGCUAAUUAGAAAAGACCAUAAGAAAAAUAAAGAAAAGAAAAAGAAGAAAAGUAUAGACCCAGAUUCUAUUCAAAGUGCCUUAUUAGCUUCUGGUCUUGGAUCAAAACGACCUAGCUGUUUUACUUCCACUGUUGGUACAACCACUUCUACUACCAACACAUCAGCAAACAGUAAUAUGAACAGCAGCUUUGUAACAAGUCAGGAUGCUGUUGAAAGGGCCCAACAAAUGAAAAAAGAACUGCUGGAUAAACUGGAAAAGUUGGCUGAAGAUCUUCCACCUAAUACAUUGGAUGAGCUUAUAGAUGAACUUGGCGGUCCUGAAAAUGUUGCAGAGAUGACAGGCCGCAAAGGGAGAGUUGUAAGCAAUGAUGAUGGCAGUAUAUCUUAUGAAUCAAGAUCUGAACUUGAUGUGCCCGUUGAAAUUCUUAACAUCACAGAAAAGCAGAGGUUCAUGGAUGGAGAUAAGAACAUAGCCAUAAUCUCAGAGGCUGCCAGCUCUGGUAUCUCACUGCAAGCAGAUCGCAGAGCUAAGAAUCAGAGACGAAGAGUUCAUAUGACUCUGGAGUUACCGUGGAGCGCGGAUAGAGCAAUACAACAAUUUGGAAGAACUCAUAGAUCCAACCAAGUAACUGCUCCGGAGUAUGUGUUCCUAAUUUCUGAGUUGGCAGGAGAGCAAAGAUUUGCAUCUAUAGUUGCAAAAAGACUGGAGAGUUUGGGAGCCCUCACUCAUGGUGACAGACGGGCUACAGAAACUCGAGACCUCAGCAGAUUCAAUUUUGACAACAAGUAUGGAAGAAAUGCUUUAGAGAUUGUUAUGAAAUCCAUUGUGAACUUAGACUCCCCAAUGGUCUCUCCACCUCCUGAUUUUCCUGGUGACUUCUUUAAAGAUGUUCGCCAGGGAUUGAUUGGUGUAGGCCUAAUAAAUGUAGAAGACAGAUCUGGAAUUCUAACGCUUGAUAAAGAUUAUAACAAUAUAGGAAAAUUUCUGAAUAGAAUUCUUGGUAUGGAAGUACAUCAGCAGAAUGCUUUAUUCCAGUAUUUCUCUGAUACGCUAAAUGCAGUUAUUCAAAAUGCUAAAAAGAAUGGAAGAUAUGAUAUGGGCAUCCUAGAUUUGGGCUCUGGGGAUGAGAAAGUAAGGAAGGCAGAUGUUAAAAAGUUUCUAACUCCAGGAUAUUCCACCUCUGGACAUGUAGAGCUAUACACCAUCAGCGUAGAGAGAGGAAUGUCUUGGGAGGAAGCAACUAAGAUUUGGGCGGAACAGACAGGACCAGAUGAUGGCUUUUAUUUAUCCCUACAGAUAAGAAAUAACAAGAAAACAGCUAUUCUAGUAAAAGAAGUGAAUCCUAAAAAGAAACUUUUUUUAGUGUACAGACCAAAUACAGGGAAACAGCUCAAGCUAGAAACAUGUGCAGACCUGAAAAAGAAAUAUAAGAAGGUACCUUCUGAAGAUGCUCUGCCACACUGGUUAGAACAGUAUAACUCUUCUGCAGAUACCUGCACCCAUGCUUAUUGGAGAGGCAACUGUAAGAAGGCAGGCUUGGGUUUGGUUUGUGAAGUGGGACUCCGCUGUCGAACUUACUAUGUCUUGUGUGGUUCAGUAUUGAGCGUCUGGACAAAAGUAGAAGGCGUUCUAGCCUCUGUCAGUGGUACAAAUGUGAAAAUGCAAAUAGUUCGUCUAAGAACAGAAGAUGGGCAGAGGAUUGUAGGUUUGAUCAUUCCUGCAAAUUGUGUGUCGCCCCUCGUAAACCUCCUGUCCACAUCAGACCAGUCUCAACAGCUUGCAGUGCAGCAGCAGCAGAUAUGGCAGCAGCAUCACCCACAAAGUAUCACCAAUUUCAACAACGCAUAAGAAGACAUACCACAGGUGUUGACUUUGGUGUUUGAGGAAAAGGCUGUAAAAGCAUAUCACUUGCAUAAAAAUCAGGGACAGAUUCCAAAGAAAUAUAACUUUUUCAGUUCGGUUGUGUGCUCUCAAAUACUAUGGGAAUAAAGAGAUCUAAAAAGGUUGGUAGAACUGAAAGCCAGCAGUUGUUUAUGGUGGUGCAUCUGUCUUUCCUUAUGCUCUCUGUAGUGCUUCCUGUUUGCUUUUACUUUUGGCCUUUUAAGCUACAAACCACAAUUUGUUUGAAAAUGCUUGAAAAUCCCCAAGCAGGCUUUAUUUUUAUCUUGUCAUACAGUGCUCAGGGUUUAACGCAGUGCAUCAAUGCCAUUGCUGUGGGAGAUAUCCUUGAAUGCAUGUAUUGAGUAUAUAUAUAGAAAAUAUAUAUUGGGUUUUUCUCUUCGAUUUAUAAGUUUAUAAAAGCAUGAAACCUAGAGGUUGCACAUCAUGCAUUCAGGUUCCUUCCCAGUUUCUGUUUGACAGUGCAUGUCUUUGGAAACGGGCAUGGACAGGAUAAACACACACAACAGGAAUUCAGAGAGAAACACAAUCUUAGUUGUACAGCAUUGGUUAUUGCAUUUUUAUAGUGUUUAUACCCAGGCGUUGCAUUUUUUUCUGGUUCUCUCCUGGGGGUUAUAUAUUUGAGUCUACAACAUGUUCUUUUUGUGAUAAAACAUCUUCAAUUAAAAUUAGUUCAUUUUUAAUGUAUUAAUGGUAUUUCUAAUGUGUACCGCGAAGACGGCUGGAUGCCUCUUUUCCUUAAAUUGAAGCAUUUCCUUAAUCCGAGGUGGUUACGGAAACUUAAGUGCAAAUUCACUUCCAUCUCGCAUACAAUCUUAUAUUUUUUACUUCAUUAAUGUAAUUUAAUUUGUCACUUGUAAGAUGAAACCUUACUUGAGCUGUAAAUUAGAGAAUGGGAAACACUUGAGGGUUCCGCUGUAUGUGCUGUUUCUGUUACCCAGUAACUUGAAUACUGUUUAAUAUGUUGUAAGACAUUGUAGAGUUUAUCUGGAGCUGUUUAAAAGAAAUUGUAAUGUACAAAUGUGAAUAGUCACUUAUCUAUAAUAUGGGUAAGUUUUGUUUUGCCUAUAAUAGUAGAUGUUUAUAAGAAAGUGAAGGACAAUGUUUGUCAUUUCUUGCUUGCACAGGUUGCACUAUUGAAAAAUUGAGAUUGUAUAAACCUGUCCAAAAAGCUACAAGAUAACAAUCUUGUAGAUGUCAAAUAAAAGUUAUUGUACUAACAAGAAGUGGAGUCUUGUUUAGGCAAUCACCGUAUUCCAAAAGAACUAACAAGUUUGUACAAUUGGAAUUCAACAGGACUUGGCAUGUUCCAGUCUGCUUUAACCAGGCUUCUGUCUUGCAGGCCAAAUGCUUCAACUGGUUAAUGAGGCAAGGGAUAAACUGUGUUAAACCUUGAUGCACAUGUUAAGUAAGGUUCACCUGGCAGCCUUACUUGUGCAGUAAUCCAUUGCAGCACGUGUCACUUCUGUAAACAUUCAGUGAGCCAGAUUCAAGUGUCACGGAGUUUUUUUGCCAUGAGUAACGGGGGCCAGAAGUUCCAUGACUUCAGGCCGGAGUAAACUCCGCUGCAUGGAUGACUUUGCCUGUAGUUUGGUUAACGCUGCCCGUGCCAGCACCCUAGUGCAGUGGCAGAGCUCGGGGCUGGGGACAAGUGGCCGCUUUCCUCAGCACUGCAGUCUGAAACGGUCCCGGGAACGACUUCCACACGCACUCACGACUAUGUGGGAAUUCCAAACUAAGUUGGCCUCCUUGCUCUUGCUGUAGCAACUGCUGUGUUUGUCUGAUGCCUGUGAAACGGGUUGUAGAUGUCUUUGCUUUUCUCUUUCUUCCUUUGCUUUCUCGUUUCAAUAAUUCUGGUGGCGAAGGGGAGCUCCCCUGACUGCCGCGUGGUACCGCGUGAGCCGAGCUGCCCCGUGCAGGAGCGCAGGCCCGGAGCAGUGUGUGGGUGAGGAUGCUCAUGCGUUGUGCCCCCCAGCAGGGCUUAUUUGGCAUCCAGUCCGGGAAAAGGAAGGGAAACUGGAGAAAUACCUUGACAGGUUGCUGUUGCAACAGGCUCUUGCAACAGCUAACUCUUACCUUAAUGAACUUCAUGUUUUUUCUUUUUCCUGCUCCCUUGGACUGUAACAUUGUAAAUUGAACCUUGAUCUUCAGUAAAUUGGUUCUAGGAGUAGUAAGACUCCAAGAGUAAUGCUGUAUCUAGUGGCUAUUUCAAUACAGUUUGAUUCCAAAGUGCUCUUCUUGGCCUAUUGUGCUAACUUUGCAUUGAGCAUAUAUUGAAUAUUCUGUGACCAAACCACACCUCUCUGUCUUGAGCCUUGUGGUACA